AUGUUCACCGGCCUGGUCGAGACAAUCGGCACAGUCAGCUCGCUCGUGCCCCUCGACCCUUCCACCUCCGGCGGCAACGGCACCUCGCUAACCAUCUCGGACUGCUCCUCGAUCCUCACCGACGCCGCACUAGGCGACUCCAUCAGCGUCAACGGAACAUGCCUCACAGUCACGGAGCUGGACUCGUCGCGCCACCGCUUCAAGGUCGGCGUCGCGCCCGAGACGCUGAGACGGACGAACCUAGGCGGUCUCAAAGAAGGGAGCCGCGUCAAUCUGGAGAGGGCUGUUCUGGGAAGUACGCGCAUGGGAGGGCACUUUGUGCAAGGCCACGUCGACACCAUCGCGACCAUCGUGAGCGUCACGCCCGACGGGAAUGCGUUGACGUUCCGAUUACAGCCGCGCGAGAGGGAGCCCUUGCGAUAUAUCGUGGAGAAGGGGUAUAUUACGCUGGAUGGGGCGAGUCUCACGAUCACACGGGUCAAUGACGAGGAGGGAUGGUUUGAGGUCAUGUUGAUCAGUUAUACGCAGGAGAGGGUCGUCAUGGCGGGGAAAACGGCCGGGGAGGGGGUCAAUGUCGAGAUUGAUAUUGUGGGGAAAUUGGUCGAGAAGAGCGUUGUGGGGUAUUUCGAGAGAGAGGCACAGGCAGAGGGAGGGAGAGGGCCUGCGAUCUUGGAGAAGAUUGUGGGGAGGUUGGUCGAGGCGAAGGUCGGGGCAAUGCAGCAGCAGCAGCGGUGA